AUGUUGACAUCGUGCGUCGUCGUAGUCCUGGCGGUAAUGCUCGCCAGCGCUGCGGACAUCGGAACCAUUCAAUCUAUUGAAGUUGACCUUAACAACACCCUACCCGCUGAGCAGUACUUCAUUGACAAAAUAUUUAAUAAAUACGGAGAUAAAGGCGUUAUCACAUUCGAAGGUUUCGAACAUCUUUUGGACAGCCUAGGUCUCGGUGGGCGCGUUUUCACCUCACCCCAUGACUUAGCUAUUCAUCGUAUCAACGGCACGUUCAGACAAUUGCACGACACACAGCAUAGGCACCGAAGGUCUCCCACUACCGUCGACCCGAUACUGCAAAAAUCAUGUCUGUCACCAAGAGAAAUCUUAGAGGUGUACGGAAUGGAGAAGGAGCCAGGAGUUAUUACUAUCAAACCAAAAACAUUCUUGGAAAUGUGCCCCGCCCUGGUUUACCAACUUGACCAACGUUCUUGCUACAAAACAGAAGCACCUUCACCAAAACUUGACAGGUUUUGGACGUGGAUAUACGCAACUCUGAGCAUUUUGGUAAUAAGCGCUACAGGGCUGGUCGGAGUGGCCAUCGUACCCAUGCUCAAAUCUGUCAUAUUCGGACAUGUGCUGCAUUUUCUAGUGGCAGUUGCUGUUGGUACUUUGUGCGGAGAUGCUCUCUUACAUCUUCUUCCACAUGCUCUUAAAUCACAUGGCUCAGCUUCAGCACCUCAAGAAGAGACCGAAGUCGUUUUAAAAUGUAGCGUCACAUUUCUUACUAUUUUGUUGUUCUACAGUGUCGAAGCUAUAAUGCAAACGUUAAAUGGAGGUCACUCUCAUUCACACGACUCGAGCAAACCAGCGACAGAUUUAAAAUCUGAUGCUGCAAAACAAAUAGAACCUAUAGAACUUGGAGCAAUGAUGCCCGGUUCACCACCACCUCCCGUGGAGAGACCUAUGACGUCUACAGCACUCAUGGUGAUAGUAGGUGACGGGCUUCACAAUUUAACUGACGGCCUGGCUAUUGGAGCAGCCUUUUGUGGGGACCCGGUUACCGGAUUUGCUACGGCUUUAGCCGUAUUUUGUCACGAGCUCCCUCACGAACUUGGAGAUUUUGCGGUACUACUCCGCUCAGGUAUGAGCAUCAAACGUGCUCUAUAUUAUAAUGUACUCUCAUCGGUGCUGAGUUUCAUGGGCAUGGCGGGUGGAAUUUGGUUAGCAGAAGACCAUGAGUCAGCUUCUCAGUGGAUUUAUGCUGCUACCGCUGGCACAUUCUUUUAUAUCGCAUUAGCAGAUUUAGUCCCAGAAAUAAAUGAAAAUAACAAUGGGAAAAGCAUUAAUUUAGUGUUAGCUAUCAUGGGUAUUCUCACUGGUGGUAUUAUUAUGUUAAUGAUUGCCCUCCACGAGGACUCUAUACAGUAUCUUUUCAGAAGUGCAGAACAAUGA